GACCCUCGACCUGUCAUUCUGACCUCAGCGCAUCAUGAACGCGCACGGAGCUUUGCGUCUGGUCUGCUACCAGCUUCUGCUUCUUGGAGUAUUUGGAAAGCACGCUACGAGGAAUAUGUCACCCAGAGCCGAGAGGAGCCACCGGCAUCAUUUACCCACAUACAUGAUGCAGCUCUACCGGCACUUCAAGCUCAACCAAACGCAUCCCGUGGAGAACGUGGAGCACGAGCAAGCGGACACCAUCAAGAGCAUCCUCUCCAAGAGUUUGACAAAUCAAGACACACACUACGUCACACACUUCGAUCUUUCCUCAGUUCUGUCCGAGCGUCAGAUCCAUGCGGCGGAGCUCAGGAUUCGUAUUCCCAAAGAAACACAGCAAACGAACAUCACGGUGGAGAUCCGACACCAGCAGGACGUCCCGUGCCACAAACACGGCGUCUGUCUGGAGAACCAGUCCCUGGGUCAGCUCUCCGAUUCCUCUCUGAUGAGCGUCUCCCAUCACUGGAGGGUCUACAAUGUCACAGACCUGCUCCUAAACUGGAUCGUUCCCAAACUCUUCGAGAGGAUCCGCCUGAAGAGGGCUGCGAGACACGCUCUUCAAACUGGGAAUAAAGCUGUGGAUGGGAUCCGUCACAGAGCCAUGCUGCUGGUCUUCUCACACACCGUCUCCGGACAGAGCAAGCAGGACCGAGCCAGUCUCCUGCACACAGCCGAGAAGUCCAAGUUCUUAUUCAACACCGAAGGAAAGGAGGUGCGCAGAGACAAGCCACCCAGGAGCAAGCGGGGCCGCAGGGGUCAACCGGUGAGGAACCCGGAGCCGCUCCGGAGUCCGGCGGAGAAGAGCUCCAUGUGCAGGAGGGUCGACAUGCAUGUGGACUUCAAUCAGAUCGGAUGGAGCUCCUGGAUCGUCUUCCCUAAGAAGUACAACGCGUACCGCUGCGAGGGGAGCUGCCCAAACCCUCUGAGCGAAGACCUUCAUCCCACCAACCACGCUUACAUGCAGAGUUUGCUGAAGUACUACCACCCCAGCAGAGUUCCCUCGGCCUGCUGCGCUCCGACCAGGAUGAGUCCCCUCAGCAUGCUUUACUACGAGAACGGAGAGCUGAUCCUCAGACACCACGAGGACAUGCUGGUGGAGGAGUGCGGCUGCCUGUGACAGCUUCAUCAGCGCUGCUAAUGAACAUCUCAAUCAGCAGCAGCGGCUCAGACCUCCAGCGAACAUCUGAGCCUGUGAGAGCCGAGAAACAUCAGCCAGAAGAAAGACUUACCUGUUCAGGUAUUAGAGACCUGGGAAAGAUGAAGAAAAACAUGCUCUCCUUUUGGAAAAUCUAGAAAAUCAUAAUCAGUCGUAGCAACUGUUAAACGGCACUGUAAGAUCU